UCGACUCCGGGCGAAGGACAGUGAUGUAAGAGCAUGAACCUCACAGCCUCUUCAGAUACACACUGAGUCCAAACUCCUCUGUCUGUCGGUCUGUCCCUCAGAGGACACAGGGUCUGGUCCGGAGUCCACGAGGACACGUUGGCACAGACAAGCAGGAAGGAAGCGAGAGGAGCUGCAGCGGAGGAGCGAAGGAGGAACAGAUUUCACCUCCUCUUCAUCCCCACACCGGUCACAUUGUACUUCAUGUGGCAGAUUCCUGAGCAGAGAGGAUGACAUCAGAGGCCGCGGUCUCCACACCUGCUGUCAUUAGCAGCACACCGGCCAAGAGGGACUACUACUGGCUUCGCUCCUUUGUAGCUGGAGGUGUGGCAGGAUGCUGUGCCAAAAGCACCAUCGCUCCUCUGGACAGGGUCAAAAUCCUUCUCCAAGCCCACAACCCCCAUUACAAACAUCUAGGAGUGUGGUCCACUAUCAAGGCUGUGCCAAAGAAAGAAGGCUUCCUUGGCUUGUACAAGGGUAACGGGGCGAUGAUGGUCAGGAUAUUUCCGUAUGGAGCCAUCCAGUUCAUGGCCUUUGACAAAUACAAAAAGCUGCUACGUAAACAGAUGGGAAUCUCUGGACACAUCCACCGCCUCAUGGCCGGCUCUAUGGCAGGGAUGACUGCUGUGAUAUUCACUUACCCUCUGGAUGUGAUCCGAGCCCGACUGGCCUUCCAGGUCACAGGAGACCAUCGCUACACCGGCAUUGCCAACGCCUUCCACACCAUCUACCUUAAGGAGGGGGGCGUAAUGGGUUUCUACAGGGGACUUACUCCAACACUUAUCGGAAUGGCCCCUUAUGCAGGGUUCUCGUUCUUCACCUACGGCACCCUGAAGACCCUCGGCUUGAAGCAUUUCCCAGAGCGGCUGGGACGCCCGUCCUCAGACAACCCCGACGUCCUCGUCCUGAAGACCCACGUCAACCUGCUCUGCGGAGGCGUGGCCGGUGCCAUCGCUCAGACAAUAUCGUACCCGUUGGAUGUGGCUAGGAGAAGAAUGCAGUUAGGAGCCGUGCUUCCUGACUCUGAGAAAUGCACAUCACUGAGCAAGACCCUGAAGUACGUGUACAAUGAGUAUGGGGUCAAGAAGGGAUUGUACCGAGGCCUUUCUCUCAACUACAUCCGCUGUGUCCCCUCCCAAGCUGUGGCCUUCACCACCUAUGAGUUCAUGAAGCAGACUCUCCACCUGAACUAAACUCUGUUUUUAAAACCGUCCAGCUCUGCAGACCCUACACCCGGGCCCUCACCGAGACAUUAAGCAGCUCAGCCUCAAUGCUUCCUUCAGAGAGUGAUCCGAGACUCGCUCGCUAUGUCUUAAACUCUUCAUCGUGGGCUUUGCCUUUUUUCCUUGAGUUCACUGAAGGCACCAGGGAAGCCACUUAAUGCCGACAAAGGAAACCGGAUAUCAAACGAUAAGGUACUCCGUGUCUGUCCUGCUCCAGUCCCUCUAACUUCCUGUGACUUGCCGGCUCUUAAGAGUUGAUUAACUCAACCACACGACAAGUGGCUUGAAUUUGGUCGGGCGGGUUGAGGGAGUGAUUUGCUCUUCAACUCUGUUGCCAACAACACAGAAGCAUCCCUCUGAUUGUGUAGCAGCCCCCUCCUCAUUCAGACAUCAGACAAACACACAAACACACACACACACACACACACACACACACACACACACACACCACCUCUCGCUCUAAUUUUAAGAUGGACGCCUGCUUAAAUGGCUUAUUGACCAUCAUUUUUUCCAUCGGUUUCACCUCACCCCAAAGUUUAGUCAUUUGUAUUUAUUUAAAUAGUAAACACUUCAGUUCUAAAGCUACACGUUGUCUUUAUUGUUUAAUGUGUCUUCAUUUUUACGGACCUGGCUCUUGUUGAAAGGUUGCUAUGAUCAUUCAUAAUAACAGUGACAGUAAUUAUAAUCAGAUGUGCCAUAAUGUUUUGUUUAUUUGUGGUUUGUUAUAUUUUUGAAUUUGAGAUAACUGUAACGUUUGGCGAAGUUUCUGUUUGUGAGUCUUUGCCUUUGUCUUCAACAAGAUUAAUAUAAAUUACUAGUUGCAGGUUAAAGAUGCUAAAGAUGCAGUUUCCUGUGUUGCACAUGAUCUCAGUUUUUAUUCUCGAGGCAACUUCCCAGCCAAACAUUGCAUUGGGCACUUAGUGUAAGUGUUUUACUUUGCUGCUCUCAGAUGUUUAGUGUGUAGUUGUGUUCAGAAUGAGUUUGUUUUGUUUGAGAGUGUUUCAGAUGUUUUGACAUGACAUGGAUGUAGCUUCGACAUGUCUCGAGGGAUCUCAGGAGAAAUUUGCCCUUCAUGGCUUUAACUGUUUCUUUGUCUAUUUAUUCACUAGGGACUUGUUGCCACCGGGUGGCAGUAUUGAUUAUAAAUUGAAUUUUUUACCAUCAGAGCUGAUAGAACACUCACACAUAUUUCCCUCUUCUCUUAUAAAAUACACUUUAGUUUCUUUGAGAUUCAUUUAGUUUUUUUUUGGUUUUGCUUAACUAAAGAAGGUUGUCAGAUAUUGAACAUUAUAUUUGCAGCUAAAACAGUGUUUGCAUUUCGGAAGGCUGAACAUUAACUGAUUGAAAGUGUUGUGUAUUCACAUCAGUUUGCUGAACAAGCAGCCUCAUUUUUUGAGCCUCUUGCCUUCUUAUGCGUUUGACCUCUUACUUCACCGGAGUGAUUGAGAUUGAGUUUUUCCUCAUGCUUCAUGAAGUUGCUGCUUCAGCCUUCAGAUGGCUGUAUGGUGUACAUGCCUUAGAACUGUGGUUUCCAACCUGUAUGGCCUGUGACACUUUAAAAGUGUUUGUUCAAGUGGAUCCAUUUAAUUUUCCUUUAUCCAUAGAAUAUCCAGUAAUUCCAUCACUUGACUCGACCAGGACCCUGAAUUACAAAGCAACAUUUGAAAGGUUUUUUUAAACGUGUGAAGAGGGUGUGUUCGAGCUCGAAUGGUAAAUGGUGCCUGGACUCUAUUUAUCUAGCACAUAUCCCUUCUUAUCGACCAAUCAAAGCAAUUUUACGACACAAGCCACAUUCACCCAUUAACACACCACUCAUACACUGUCUGCACAGCUGCUGGGGACAAUCUGGAGUUCCGUUGGCAUGCAUGGGGGACCUGUGGAUUGAACCGAAGACCUCGGGGUUAGUGGACGACCCACUCUCCCCCCUGAGCCACAGCAGCUCAAAUGGUCAGUUUAGUUGCUGUUCAAUCAUAUUGUGACCACUCAGUAUCAUUGUGUGACCCACUGAAAGGGGUCGAGACCUCCAGGUGGGAAACUACUACCUUAGAUCAUACAAAUACAAAGAUAAUUCACACAGACAUACAUUGAAAGCUUUUUUCUGUAGAAGAGGUUUAGUGUGAAAAAGGCUUCAGGCCCUCCUCAGUCCAAAGGUCACUCAGGAUGAGAAUUAGAAAUGUAACAUCUAUACUCACAUUUUGAUGCAACUGGCACGAAUGACCUUUCAAACCAUUCAAAUGAAUGUCAGUGCUGUAUACACCAGCUUCCACUUUGUGUGUUUGGUUUCAAAUACAUGGUGUUUCAUUGUAAUUGUAAUUUUAAAUUCUCGUAUCAGACAGCUCCGUUCCUGCAAACAGAUUGAUUCAUAAGACGAGGGAUAUUCAAUACAUUCACACGUAGAAAUGUGCGAUAUGUCGCUCUACAGCUUCAUUAUCUGUCUGAUAAAUUGCCAGUUUUUGUUUCAGUGACUUUAGAUGUGUAGAAACAACUUCAAGCCUUGCAUCUUUAUGUUGUCAAUGUGUAUGAGAAUGAUCUUACCGUCGUUUUUGUUUUUACUAAACGUGAAGGUGCAGUAACUUGGAUUUUAUAAAAUAAUAUCCGAGAGAAAAACAUAGUGAAGCAUUUCACACUUUGUGUCUCAAACCCCUGUUAAUGUCGGUGGACUCUAAAACCACGAACGGACGAUAAAGCAUUUGCAUUAAUUUCACUGCAGCCGGACAACACUACCUUUUGUUGCCUGAUGUCACACACAUAUUUGACUGGUAAAUGUGAUGUGUAAAAAAUACAAAACAAUGUACUUACAAAUGUUCUUUGAUGAAUUUCAUCACCACAUCAUCUGUGAAAUACAGUUAACCGGAAUGAAAA